AUGGCUGAAAAUUACACUAAGAUUCAGGAAGACAUUGCUACGAAAAUAUUUAAAUCUAAAUCAAAUUUCAAAAAAUCGCCAAAGGAUAGACUAACUUUAUCUUAUAUCGAAACUCGUUUGGAAACUUUAGAACGGCAGUGGAAUGAAUUCAUUAGUAAUCAUCGAAAAAUUGUAUAUGAGAUAAGGCGCGAAGAACUAGAAAAAACUAGUUAUUACAUAUCUGAUGUUUACGAUCAAACCGAAGAGAUAUAUAUCGAGUACAAAUCGCUAUUAAAAGACACAUUGUUAAACCUGAAACCUAGUCUCAAUCCAGACAAAGGGGAUGAGAAGAAGGGUGGUGAACAAACUGCAGUAAAGCUGCCUAAGAUCUCAGUGCCGAAAUUCUCAGGCAAAUAUUCAGAAUGGAAAAAGCACCACACUCUACUUCAUCCUAAAAUCCCUAAAUCAGUUCAUGACAUAAAGACUGAUCAGCCUGUUGAUAAUAAGGUUGCGGCUAAGUCAACCCCACCGCAGACUCAUAUCGAGUCCCCAAUUCCCCAAGUAGUUACUACUUGUUUUUCUAACACAAUUGGACAAGUCUUAUUGGCUACUGCUUUAGUAAAAGUAGUGUCACCCAAAACGAAUUCUGCAUUCGUUUUAAGAUCGCUGCUUGAUCAGGGAUCUCAGGCUUCGUUUAUUACGGAAUCGGCUGUACAAUUGCUGGGUCUCAAAAGGAUACCAGGGACCAGUAUAGUAUCAGGUUUAGGCGGCGACCAAUCGACUUUAGCUUCAAAGUCGUCGGUAGUUAUAAAAAUUCAGUCCCGUCUUGAUCCAAGCUUUUCUAUUACGGUUAAGGCUCAUGUUUUAAGUAAACUGACAACUUUUCUACCAAGUAGUAAGGUUUUUGUUCAAGCUUUACCAACACUCCCGUCCAUAGAAUUAGCUGAUCCAUCGUUUGACACACCCAACAGAAUAGAUAUUCUUUUAGGUGCUGAGGUAUAUAGCCAGAUCUUGUUGGAAGGUUUGAUCAGAGGUUCUUCCGGCUCUGUCGUUGCACAACACACAAGACUCGGUUGGAUCUUAUCUGGUAAAAUACACAGCGAAAAUCAAGAAAUCAACCAUGGCGAGACGUGUCUCAAUGUAGUAAACCUACAUUUAGCUCAAUCAAAUGAGAACGAGCUUCUCAAAAAGUUUUGGGAGCUAGAAUCCGAACCAUCCUUUGAUAGGACUAAACACUUAACUCUAGAAGAGAAAAGGUGUGAGGAACUUUUUGUUAAAACUACUAGACGCGAUGAGUCUGGUAGGUACAUCGUCAAACUACCCUUCAAAACGGAAAAUCCACUUUGUCUACACGGUAAUCUAAAGAAUAUCGCGCACAAGCGUUUUCUCAUGUUAGAAAGACGUUUGUUGAGAACACCCAAUCUCAAAACUGAGUAUUCCAAGGUCUUGGAGGAGUACCUCAGUUCGGGCCAUGCAGAAGUGGUAAAACCAAGUGAAGUGGUCAAAAAAGGAGUAGUAUAUCUACCACACCACGCAGUGGUUCGUCAAGAUAAGUCUACUACAAAGGUUCGCAUGGUGGUUGACGCGUCAUGCACCGAUUCUAAUGGAAUAUCACUGAAUAGUGAAUUAAUGGCGGGUCCUACUCUCCAACCAGAAUUACGACAUUUGAUAAUGCGAUGGCGGUGCUACCCGAUCGCUCUUGUAGCCGACAUUGUUAAAAUGUAUCGGCAGAUAAAGGUGGCUGAUGAAGACGUAAAUUUUCAACGUAUAUUUUGGCGUGAAAAUCCAGAUGUUGCAUUACAACAUCUUCGUUUCUUGCGAGUAACCUUUGGUACUUCCUCAGCCCCAUUCCUUGCUGUUCGGUGUCUCCAGCAGCUAGUCAACGACGAGGGUUCUGAAUUCCCAUUAGCGGUCUCUAGAGUCCUUAAUGAAUUUUAUAUGGAUGACUUGAUGACCGGCUGUCAUUCCAUAGCUGAAGGAUUAGAAAUUUAUGAGCAAAUUACUGCUUUGUUGAAUCGUGGAGGAUUUCCACUUCAGAAGUGGUCAAGUAAUAGCAAGGACUUACUGAAGGUAAUCAAAAAGGAGGCAGAUGAUGUAAACCAGAAUUUGGAACUAAAGACCGACGACGUUAUAAAGAUUCUCGGUCUGAAAUGGAAUAGAGAAGCUGACGAAUUUCGUUUUACGGUCGAUCUCCCUCCUUUGCAAGCUCCUGUAACAAAACGAAAGAUGAUCUCUGAUAUUGCUCGUCUCUACGAUCCUUUGGGGUGGAUAGCACCGGCUAUAACCACAGCCAAAAUUUUUAUUCAACAGGUGUGGCUAUCCAGCGUCGAUUGGGAUAGUGAACUUCCGGAUUCAAUUCUUAAGAACUGGACGAAUUUUCGAAAUAAUUUGAAAGCGCUCACGGAGUUUCGAGUACCGCGAUGGAUCCACUCUAAGAAAGACGACAAGGUAUUUGAAUUGCACGGGUUUUCAGACGCAUCCAAUGUGGCGUAUGCAGCAGUCGUCUACGGGCGCAUUAUUGAUGAACAAGGAAGAGUUCAUGUACAUUUGAUCACCUCCAAAACCAGAGUGGCUCCAAUCAAACAAGUGUCCAUCCCACGCCUAGAGCUGUGUGGCGCGGUAUUACUAGCCAAGCUUUUAAAUGAAGUGGCAGAUACUCUUCAAGUACCUAAGGGGAAUUUACAUGCAUGGACCGACUCAUCAAUUGUGCUAGCCUGGCUAAGUAGUCAUCCUAGCCGGUGGAAGACCUUCAUCGCAAACAGGGUAUCGGAGAUCCUCACCAUUACCGAUAGAGAUCAAUGGUCUCACGUUGCCUCUAAGGAAAAUCCUGCAGAUCCUGCAUCUCGAGGAACACAACCGUCGGAAUGUGUUGAGAAUUUGCUCUGGAAUCAGGGUCCCGAGUGGCUGCAUCUGGAAGAAAUUAAUUACGGAAAAAGCGAGUUGAAGGAUACAAACCUGGAAGAGAGAAAACCUAAAAUUAUGAUUCAUGUUACUACAAGUAACGAAGAAAACGAUGAGCUAUUGUCUCGAUUUUCGUCCUUAAGGAAACUUACCAGAGUGCUGUCGUUCUGCCGAAGGGUCCUGCGGUGGAAAAAAUCUGAAAAAGACAAAACUGAAAAUAUUAAUACACAGUUAACAGCAAAAGAAAUCAACGAUGCUUUACUUACCUGUAUAAAAAUGUGCCAAAAACAGAGUUUCUAUGAAGACAUUGAUAAUUUGCAGAAUCGUAGAAAAUUAAAUAAGAAAAGCAAACUUACUUCUCUGAAUCCAUUCUUAGACGCAAAUCAAAUCCUCAGAGUUGGCGGAAGGUUACAAGGUGCUCAGGUCAAUGAAGACAUGAAACACCCGUUUAUUCUCCCUCACAGGUCGCCGUUGACACAAUUAGUGAUUGACGAAGCACAUAAGACUACGUUGCAUGGAGGGCCUCAAUUAAUGCUUAACUAUUUGAGAAGCCGGUAUUGGAUUAUUGGUGCAAAGAGUCUCGUUCGUCGGUUUGUGCACAAAUGUGUGACUUGCGUCCGCCACUAUGCUCAAACGAGCCAACAAAUGAUGGGACAGUUGCCCAUAUCAAGGGUAACCGCACAUAGACCUUUCCACAGAUGUGGCGUAGACUAUGCUGGCCCAAUCAGCGUGCGCCUUUCAAAGGGUCGCGGUUAUCACUCCACAAAGGGCUAUAUAUGUCUGUUUGUGUGUAUGGCCACAAAAGCCAUACACCUCGAAAUGGUCAGUGAUAUGACUGCACAAAGCUUUUUAGCUGCAUUUAAAAGGUUUGUUGCACGAAGGGGUCAUGUUGCAGAUUUGUGGAGUGAUAAUGGCACUACCUUUGUGGGAGGCGCUAGGGAAUUAAAGAAACUGUUGGAUGCGGAAAGGUCUAGUGUUGUGGCUGAAAUCGCGGAUUGGAUGUCUUCAAAUGGCACUAAUUGGCACUUCAUCCCUCCCCAUUCUCCAAACUUUGGAGGAUUGUGGGAAGCGGGCGUGAAGUCAACCAAGCACCAUCUCAAGCGGGUCAUAGGCAAUAGCACCCUCACAUUUGAAGAAAUGACAACAACCUUGUCACAAAUUGAGGCGUGCUUAAAUUCAAGGCCUAUUUCUCAGUUAUCUAAUAAUCCAGGCGAUCCAAAUCCUUUAACACCCGGACAUUUCCUAGUAAGUGAGCCAUUAGUGCUCGUACCCGACAUUAAUUAUGAACAUGCCAACAUUAGCAAUCUCAAAAGGUGGCAUCUUACUCAACGUAUGGUCCAGGAUUUUUGGCGUAGAUGGUCUCAUGAAUAUUUGACGCAGCUGCAGCACAGAUAUAAAUGGUCAGACCAAAUCCCAGAACCUGAAGUUGGAAGUGUUGUGCUUGUUAAAGAAGACGACCUCCCACCUGCCAGGUGGCUUUUUGGUAUUAUUACUGAAAAACAUCCCGGUUUGGACAAAUUAACGCGAGUAGUCACAAUUAAAUAUAAAGACAUAGAGGGUGCUGUUGACAAUACGCCCAUUCGUACUCUGGUAAAGGGACUAACCUGCAAAGGUGUAGACACUUCUACUGCGAGAUGGGUGCAAAAUAUGCUCUUAAGCCGCAGAGCCAGUAUCUCGUUGCAUGGGGACCGGCUUGUGGCCUCCACAAGAAGGGGUUGCCCGCAAGGUGGAGUAAUUUCCCCUCUCCUUUGGACUCUUGCUGUGGAUCAGCUCCUGUAUAGGUUGGCCGAACUGAACAUUGAUGCCCAGGGAUAUGUGGAUGACCUAAUGAUCACAGUUCGAGGGCACUGCCAAAGUACUAUAUCAUCACUUAUGCAAGGAGCUCUUGACACCAUUUCCACGUGGUGUCAAGACAAUGAAUUAUCUAUUAAUGCGGAAAAGACAACUAUUGUUCCUUUCACUAGGAAGUGGAAACUAGACAAGCUAGUGGAACCGAUUCUUGGUGGCAGGGCUGUGAAUUUUUCUGCAGAAGUUAAAUAUUUAGGGAUGACCCUAGAUCAAACCCUAAGGUGGAACUGUCAUAUAGCUAACACGGUCAACAAGGCCAAGAUGGCCUUAGGUAUCUGUAGUCAUAUAGCAGGACAGCUGGUUAUUGAGCCGUCGAGCAGUGGACGUAGCGCGGAGCUGCUAAGUGGUGCAGGGAGCACAAGUGCAACACCGUUCACGGGCCCCACUGGCAAGCCAAUCGCGCUCUUCCCCACUCUCGCAGCCUCGCCUCUCUCUGACGCUAGGCUCACAACAGAAUUUUCACUAUGCUUCAAGAAACUCAAUAAAAAGGAUCCCAUCACUAGAACCAAGGUUAGCUAG